AAUCCUUGUGUGUCCCUCGUCACGCGCCAUAGCUCGAGUCACGUGACCACCUGAUUCUCUCAGGCUCCGGAUUGUCAUAUGCACAAACACCGAGCGGAGCGGCCGCAGCGGACUGAACAUGGCCAAUGUGGCCAACAGGGUGUCCUGGUCCGGGAGAGAACAACCGGAGGAGGACGGGGAGAGCACACCGCUGCUGAACGGAGCCGGAACCAGACCGGCUUCUAGUUCCAUUCUCUUCCGCAUCGGGCAGCUGAGUACCGUGGACCUCGAGGAUGACAAUCGCGAGCUGGAAACUGAUUUCUCCUCAUCGGUGGUUAAAGAAAUCCCGCACAAUGAGCACCUGCUGUCGCUGAAAUACGAGAGCCUGGAUUAUGAUAACAGUGAGAACCUGCUGUUCUUGGAGGAGGAGCGCAGGAUCAAUCACGCUGCGUUUCGUACUGUAGAGGUCACCCGCUGGGUCAUCUGUGGGAUGAUCGGGAUCUUGACCGGACUCAUCGCCUGCUUCAUAGACAUCAUGGUGGAACAACUGGCGGGUGUGAAGUACCAGGUCAUAAAGAACAACAUUGACAAGUUCACAGAGAAGGGGGGGCUGUCGUUCUCACUGCUGCUCUGGGCCACGCUGAACGUUGUGAUCGUCAUGUUCGGCUCCCUGAUCGUCGCCUUUAUAGAGCCAGUGGCGGCCGGGAGCGGGAUCCCCCAAAUAAAGUGUUUCCUAAAUGGCGUAAAGAUUCCCCAUGUGGUGAGACUCAAGACCCUAGUGGUCAAGGUGUGCGGGGUCAUCCUAUCUGUAGUCGGAGGACUCGCGGUGGGCAAGGAAGGGCCGAUGAUUCACUCCGGGGCUGUGGUGGCUGCCGGCAUUUCUCAGGGAAGGUCCACGUCUCUGAAGAGGGAUUUCAAGAUCUUUGAAUACUUUCGCAGAGACACAGAGAAGAGAGACUUUGUAUCCGCGGGAGCUGCUGCCGGAGUCUCUGCAGCUUUUGGGGCCCCAGUUGGCGGGGUGCUUUUCAGCUUGGAAGAAGGGGCCUCUUUCUGGAACCAGCUGCUCACAUGGAGAAUAUUUUUCGCCUCCAUGAUCUCCACCUUCACCCUGAACUUCGUCCUCAGCUUUUACAACCGCAAGCCGGGCGACCUCUCCAACCCCGGUCUGAUCAACUUUGGGAGGUUUGACACAGAUGAGAACAGCUAUAAGUAUUUUGAACUUCCGAUCUUUAUUGGGAUGGGAGCUGUAGGCGGGAUGCUGGGGGCGCUGUUUAAUGCCCUGAAUAACUGGCUGACCAUGUUCCGGAUCAGGUAUCUGCACCGACGUUGCCUGCAGGUUAUAGAAGCCAUGUUGGUCGCUGGCGUGACGGCCGCCGUGUCUUUCAUCAUGAUCUAUUGUUCAUCGGACUGCCAGCCGCUCAGGGAGAACUCUGGAGAAUACCCUCUGCAGCUGUUCUGUGCAGAUGGUGAAUACAACGCUAUGGCGUCUGCGUUCUUUUCCACCCCGGAAACCAGUGUACGCCGGCUCUUCCAUGACCCCGCCGGUUCCUUUAACCCCCAGACCCUGGGCCUGUUCACACUGCUGUACUUCUUCCUGGCCUGCUGGACCUAUGGUCUGACCGUUUCGGCCGGCGUCUUCAUCCCGUCCCUCCUCCUGGGGGCAGCCUGGGGCCGUCUCUUCGGGAUCCUGUUGACCAACAUCUCUAACGACACCAUCUCAUGGGCCGAUCCCGGAAAGUACGCCUUGAUGGGAGCAGCAGCUCAGCUCGGCGGCAUUGUCAGGAUGACGCUGAGCCUCACAGUUAUCAUGGUGGAAGCGACGGGGAACGUCACCUACGGUUUCCCCAUUAUGCUCGUCCUGAUCACGGCGAAGAUAGUCGGCGACUUGUUUGUUGAGGGCCUGUACGAUCUUCAUAUCAAGCUGCAGAGUGUCCCGUUCCUGCACUGGGAGGCCCCUGUCACCUCACACUCCCUCACGGCCAGAGAAGUGAUGAGUACUCCAGUCACAUGUCUGCGCAGGAGAGAGAAGGUCGGCCUCGUCGUGGACAUCCUAAGCCUGACCACAUCCAACCACAAUGGCUUUCCUGUGGUGGAGAAUAGUGGGAACACUGGUCAGCCGCCUCGGUUAUGUGGAUUGAUCCUAAGAUCGCAGCUGAUUGUGCUCCUGAAACACAAGAUUUUUGUCGAGCGGGAAAAUCUGAUUCACAUCCAAGGACGCUUAAAGUUGAAAGAUUUCCGGGAUGCUUAUCCCCGCUUUCCCCCGAUCCAGUCCAUACACGUGUCCCAGGAUGAGCGGGAAUGUCUGAUGGACCUGACGGAGUUCAUGAACCCCACCCCCUACACCGUACCCCAGGAGGCCUCAUUGCCGCGGGUCUUCAAGUUAUUCCGAGCGCUCGGCCUCCGGCACCUGGUGGUUGUGGACAAUCAGAACAGGGUUGUCGGUCUGGUCACCAGAAAAGAUCUCGCCCGUUAUCGUAUCGGGAAACACGGCCUGGAGGAGAUGUGCCUGGCGCAGACGUGAUGCGGCACCUCGCUGCCAUUUUAUAUUCCUCUCCUUUCCUUGGACAAUUCAGCGGUUCUGAGAACUCUGCGUACGCCCCGAGAACCGGAUUUUGCGCUGGAGACCACCUUUUGCUCCUGGAGCGAAGUCUUCUCUUCUUCACAUCAAAACGAGCGGCCUCUUAUUAACCCUUAGUGGUUAGAAGCUCCUGAGCCAGCCGUAAAAUGUACGCAGCACCGGUUUAAUCCUGUAGGCGGCGCUUCUCUUUGACCAAUAUGCAAGCACACUAUCCUACGGAUGUCCCCCUAUUACUUUACAAUAUAAACACCCAUAAUGCUCCAUAACUACUUUACUAUCCUCCUUCACUGACAUGUUUGAUGUGUGUUCUACUCCAGUCACUCCCAAAGCUGCACCCAGAAUUCCAUUAUCUUUUAUCUCUCAGGUUGCAUACUUCAUAUAGAGCAUGCUCUGCUGUGUUGCAUGCUGGGAUAUGUAGUGUUUUUGCCAUAAAAAAAUAAACUACAUUUCCCAUAAGGCAUUGCAUUAAGGUUUAGUAAAAAUAUCGCAAAUGCGCUGUAAGAUUAGGGUUGUGUCUGACAGCACAUGACUGACCAAUUUAGGGUAGCGUCGCGGGUGCAGCUUUGGGUGUGAAUGGAGUAUAACAUAUACUGUACAAUGAUGGACUGGAACAGUGGCCUUUCUGCUGUCGGUAAACUACAACUCCCAGCAUGCCCUGACAGCCUGCGGCUGUCAGGGCAUGCUGGGAGUUGUAGUUUACCGACGGCAGAAAGGCCACAGGUUACACAGUAUUACUCUAGAGCACUACAACUACCAGCAUGCCCUAUCAACAACUAGCAGUCCGGGCAAGCUGGGAGUUGUAGUGCUGGUUGGGAAACGCUGCUCUACACUGACUUGCCUUUCAGCCCAAAAUGCCGCUGUCUCAAAGGCCGGUGCACAAUUACUGGACGAUAUCUCUUUAAAAAAAAAAAUAAUAAUAAUUUUAAUAUAUUAGAAGUAAAUUAACAUUUUUUUUUUUGCAGCCUCAGGAUCACAUGAUUGCGCUCUCGUGUACCGCGGCGUCUGUAUCGGGACGAUUUUCGCUCCUGUGAGUUGUUUACACUGGGAUUACAUGGAAGCGAAAGAGGACAGGGAAGCACAAAUUGCGCAUUAUUAAAGGGGUAUUCCAGGAAAAAACUUUUUUUUAUUUUUUAGAUCAACUGGCUCCAGAAAGUU